GCCGAAAGAGAAACAGUGCCCUCUCCCUUCUUGACCCCUGGCCCUUCCCAUCUCUCCUUCCCUCUUGCCGCCUAGCUUCUGGCACCGCCACUUCUGGCACCGCUCCCACCGUGGUGAUAGGGUCUUGGGCCUCCACAUUACUUCAGGACAAAGAGCUCGAGGAGAUCAAGAAGGAGACUGGCUUUUCUCACAGUCAGAUCAUACCCCUGUACAGCCGGUUCACCAGCCUGGACAAAGGGGAGAAUGGGACUCUCAGCCGGGAAGAUUUCCAGAGGAUCCCAGAGCUUGCCAUCAACCCACUGGGGGACCGGAUCAUCAAUGCCUUCUUUUCAGAGGGAGAGGACCAGGUAAACUUCCGAGGAUUCAUGAGAACAUUGGUUCAUUUCCAACCCAUUGAGGAUAACGAAAAGCGCAAAGAUGUGAAUGGACCUGAACCACUCAACAGCCGAAGCAACAAACUGCGCUUUGCUUUCAGGCUAUAUGAUUUGGAUAAAGAUGACACGAUCUCCUGUGAUGAGCUGCUACAGGUACUACGAAUGAUGGUUAGAGAGAACAUCUCAGAUGAGCAGCUGGGCAGCAUUACAGACAGGACCAUUCAGGAGGCUGACCAGGAUGGGGAUAAUGCCAUAUCCUUUACGGAAUUUGUUAAGGUUUUGGAGAAGGUGGAUGUAGAACAGAAAAUGAGCAUAUGGUUUCUUCACUAAAGGACAGGGACCAAAUUAUUCUUGCUUCCUAGUAUUUAAGAACUGGAACUUCCUUCUGUCCUCCAGCCCCCACCCUAUCCUGUC